GGAGUGGCCUCAGCUGGCCACGGUCUCCCCAGCAGUAGGAGUGGCCUCAGAGCCCCGGUCUCCCUGUGUGGCUUGUCGGUUUGGGAGGAACAGUUCCUCUCGCUCCUCUCAUUCCUCUCAGCCUCAAAGAGCCAAGGGCGGAGAAGAGGGAUGGCGGAAAACGGCUCCGAAACAAGUGGCCCCGUUCAUCGGAGGUGUUUGGCUCAUCCUGCCGGGGAGAAUAAUCACACAUCCCGCGUCGGUUCAUCCAAGUGGAUCCGUCUGAACGUCGGGGGAACGUGUUUUCUGACCACCAGACAGACGCUGUGCCGCGACCCCAAGUCGUUCCUGUACCGCCUGAGCCAGGCGGACCCCGAGCUCGACUCCGAUAAGGAUGACACCGGGGCGUACCUCAUCGACCGAGACCCCACGUACUUUGGCCCGGUGCUCAACUACCUGAGGCACGGAAAACUGGUGCUCAACAGAGACCUGGCAGAGGAAGGCGUGCUGGAGGAGGCGGAGUUCUACAACAUCCCGUCGCUCAUCAAGCUGCUGAAGGACUCCAUCCGGGAGCGGGACUGCAGGACCUCCCAGGCCCCGGUGAAGCACGUGUACCGAGUGCUGCAGUGCCAGGAGGAGGAGCUCACCCAGAUGGUGUCCACCAUGUCCGACGGCUGGAAGUUUGAGCAGCUUGUCAGUAUAGGCUACGGGCCCGCCCACCAGUCAGAGUUUCUGCUGAUUGUGUCGCGGGAGGUGAGGGGAGAGGCGCCCGCUCUGCCAGUCGCCAGCGGACAGCUGGUCAGCAUCGGCUCGUCCUAUAACUACGGCAACGAGGACCAGGCGGAGUUCCUGUGUGUCGUCUCCAAGGAGCUCCACAACCAGUCCUACGGGCCCAACAGCGAGCCCAGCGAGAAGGCCAAGAUCCUUCAGGAGCGAGGCUCCCGCAUGUGAGUCAGUGUUAGGAGGAGCCGGCGUCCCAGGCAGCGCUCCUCCAGGGGCCCGGGGGGCCCCGCCGCUCAACGGGGGGGGGGGCCCGGGGGGCCCCCGCCGCUCAACGGGGGGGGGGGGGGG